AUGGCAGAAAUCAAAGUAAGCGAUGAGGUACUUGCGUCUGUCAAGGACAAAGUCAUCGUCCUGACCGGAGGAGCAAACGGAAUCGGUGCUGCGACCGUUACUAGCCUGUUUCGCGCUGGAGCGCACGUUUUCUACUGCGACUGGGACGCGAAGAAUGGCAAUGCACUAGGCGAACUCCUGCGAUCAACGGCACAACCGGGAAAUGGCUCGUUAUCGUUUAUGAGAGUUAACGUUACUGAUUACGAAGCACAGUUGGACUUGUUUGACGCUGCAUUCAAGAAACAUGGUAGAAUCGAUAUGGCGAUUUACUGCGCCGGUAUCACGGAUGUUCGAGGGUGGCUGGAUGCGGAAGAUCUGAAUCUGGAAAGUGUGCGAAAGGUCCCUAAACCAUUAGCCAACGUCAUUGAUGUCAACCUCACUGGGUGCCUUUACUUUUGCCGCAUAGCGCUGGCAUAUCUGAGAGAAGACUCCACUACGCAUAACAGUCCCAAAUCGCUCACUUUCAUAUCCUCAGUGGCGGGAUUCAAGGAGACUCCUGGUGUUAUCGCAUACUCCGCAAGCAAACACGGAGUCAUCGGAAUCAUGCGCUCCCUCCGCAUGGGAAGCAUUCCAGAUUUCAACGUCCGAGUAAAUGCAGUUUGCCCCUGGGCGACAGAUACCCAGAUCUUCAAAGGCAUAGCUGACGUCUGGAGAAAUGAUGAUCUACCUUUUAACACGCCGGAGGAUGUUGCGCGCAUAAUUCAACAAGUAGCAGCAGAUCCCCAAGUGCACGGCAAGGCGGUUUUCGUAGGCGGCGGAAGGGGUUUUGAUAUUGAAGAGGGUAUUGAUCGGCUUGAGCCUGAGUGGUUAGGAGAGGACCAAGCGAGAGAAUUGAACAGGGGACAGCGGACGCUCGGAAGGGGAACCGGCUGGGGAACGGUAGAUCUAACCAAAGCAUAA